GGUAGCCAAUCCGCGGGAGCCUCUGGCUGAACUUCCUCCUUUUUUUGCUGUGGUGUGCGGGGAGAGCGCGGCGAGGUAAACACUGGCUAUGUGAGCGGGGAGCUGUCAAACAGCAUCUUUCCCAAGUCCCACCAGCAUCCCAUAUAUAACAACAAACUCUCAGCAACAACAACAACAACAAAACUGAGCAAAAAAAAACAAAAGGAACUUUAAACAAAAACAACUCACUUUAUUUAUAUUUAUCUCUGGCAAUCAGACAGCAACAACUACAAAAAAAACAGACGGGAGAAAGAGAGAGAGGGAAAAAGCCAUGGCGACAGCGACGUCCAAUCCCUACAUGCCGAGCAAUAGUAUUCUGUCGUCCAACUCUAUCGUGCACAGCGACUCGGGCGGCAUGCAGCAGGCGACCACGUACCGCGAUCCCUCGAAAAUGGUGCAAAGCGACUUCAUGCAGGGGGCCAUCGCCAGCAACGGGCACAUGCUCAGCCAUGCACACCAGUGGGUGACGGCGCUGCCGCACACCGAUGCCGGCUCGCCUUGGUCCUCGGCCAUGGCAGGCAGCCCCUUGGGUCAGCAGCAGCAGCAACCGCCGCCGCCGCCGCCGCAGCAACAGCAGCAGCAGCAGCAGGACGUGAAGCCGUCGGUGCAGGUGGUGAGCCGGGACGAGCUGCAUACGGGAGCCGCUCCCUUGCACCACCACCGCCCACCCCACCUGCCGCCUCACCAGCCGUCUCACGGCGGCCACCCGACCGCCUGGGGGGCGACCACCACGGCUCACCUGUCGUCCAUGGGCUCGGCCGUCCAGCCGCUCAUCUACUCGCAACCCGGCUUCACCGUCAACGGCAUGCUGAGCCAGGCGGGAGGGCAGAGCCUGCACCCGGGGCUGAGGGACACGCCGGAGCUGGUGGACCACGGGCAGCAGCACCAUAGCCACGAGCACUCGGACGAGGACACGCCGACCUCGGACGACCUGGAGCAAUUCGCCAAGCAGUUCAAGCAGAGGCGGAUCAAGCUGGGCUUCACCCAGGCCGACGUGGGCUUGGCGCUGGGCACCCUCUACGGCAACGUCUUCUCCCAGACCACCAUCUGCCGGUUCGAAGCGCUGCAGCUGAGCUUUAAAAACAUGUGCAAGCUCAAGCCCUUGUUAAACAAGUGGCUGGAGGAGGCCGACUCGUCGACCGGCAGCCCGACCAGCAUCGAUAAGAUCGCCGCUCAGGGCAGGAAGCGAAAGAAGCGCACUUCCAUCGAGGUGAGCGUCAAAGGAGCGCUGGAGAGCCACUUCUUGAAAUGCCCGAAGCCCUCGGCGCAGGAGAUCGCCAGCCUGGCUGAUAGCCUGCAGCUGGAGAAAGAGGUGGUCCGGGUUUGGUUCUGCAAUCGGAGGCAGAAAGAGAAACGCAUGACGCCGCCGGGAGGAGUGCAGCAGACGGACGAUGUGUACUCACAGGUCGGCAAUGUAAACGCCGACACACCGCCCUCUCAUCACGGACUACAAACCGCCGUGCAGUGAAAGCAAAACGUAAAGCAUAGGCUGUUUAGAUCGGAUUUUUUUGUAAAAAAAAAUUUAAAAAAAAAACAAAAACAAGGACAAAACGAAAUCAACAAGUCCAGGACUAUCGCAUUGAUAGCAGGUUUUCUACUGUGAUUUGUGAGGCUGGCGAUUGCAUAGAAUGAGUGCACCAAAAUUGCAGAUGUCUUAUCAUAAAAAAACAAAUACUUCUGAACCCCCCCCCCCUCCCCGGCCUGUGGUGAUCGACGGGUGGACCCCAGAUACUUCCAGAUAAGUGUGUCUACAUUUAGUCUGCUGUUUCAGAAAGACUGGUUCAUGAAAUAAUUUCAGAUUUGGUCCAGCGAGCUCGGAUCGGCCGUGGGCGCUGGAUGGUGCCUGGUGUACUUCUAGAGGCUGGCUUUUCUUGGCUAUAUCAGGUGCAUAGACAACAACACUGAGAUAGAAAACCGUUCAUUCUGUAGGUUGAAAUACUGAAUACUGUCCUUUAUGUUAAACACUGUAAUCUGCAGGAGAAAGGGAGCUAAUCCGUACUGACUAUCGAAUAAAAAAAAGACCGGUAAAAGGGGGUCUUAAAAACAUGAAACUUCAGAGCAACAUUAAACCUGCAAGGCAGGGGAAAUUUCAAGACAAAACAAUUAAAUGGGUUGAUCCAAAAAUAAUGACAGAUGGAACUUUCUGCAGCAAGGUUAGUCGGAAAAGACAAAACAAAAGAAAGACUCGGGGAUUUGGGCGAGAAAUUGCCCCAGAUGUGGCUUUGAUGAUUGGUUCAUUAUGUUGUCUUCGACCUCAUUCUUCCCACCCGCCUUCCCCCCCCAAAAAAAACUUAGCCCGAAUGUUUUCUAAUUUCAUCUCCAGCCCAUUGGAGUAGAAGAAUUUUUUAUAUAAAAAAGAAAGAGAAAAAAAAAUCUCCACCAUCUGCAGCUGCACUUACUGAACUUAUCCUCUUUAAAAAACAUUGCCAAGUUGAAUGAAUGGGUGCUGUGGAUGCGACUGUAUAAAACUGCCAUUUCCAAGCAGUGUUCUUGAUUUCCAGCAUCCGCAGUUUCUGUGGGUGGUGUCGAUUGACCUGAACAAUCAACAGUCAGAGCAAUAUUCAAAUAUGUGUUACAUUCACCAGUGACUUGGUUACUUUCAAUUCAUCUGCAAAUAACCAGCAAAAGUCAGUGCAAACAUUAGUUGGAGUAAUUUCACGUGAAAUCAAUCUACUGGUAUUGUGUUUUCUCAUCAGUUUUUUUUUAUUUCCAACGAGUUUAGUAAAACAUAGCAACAUCUCUGAAAUAUGUCACAGUUGAUGAAGGUGUGUUUUACACAAAAGCUCCUGAUGGAUAUUAGAAGCUGGACAUUUUUUCGGCUCUAAUCAGUUGAAGGAUGUUCGCGUUAUUGAACCACGUACUCAUCGAAGCCGCCAUCUUUCAUACCCUCUCAGUGAGAUUUUCGUCUUGGGGCCCAAUCAAUGGAGAGUGUUUGCUGUGGUUUUGAAGACACUAAGAAUCAGUCUGAAACUGAUGACAAACUUUCCGAGAAGGGAGUUUAGACUCACUAAGCGGCACUUCCGACCUCUCAAUCCACGCAUGGUUCGAUUUCAGUUUCCGUCGUUUAAAGACCAGUUAUUAAUACAUUCACCACCUAGCAGCCCACUCACCUCAGCCAUUGUUCGUUUUAGUGGAGUUUUGAACGCAACCACUACCAUCUUUGGGUGCAUUGCUGCCCCCUGCUGCUGAAUGCAAAGUUUAAGCUGUAUUAACCUAGUUCGUAAUGAAAGGACUAUUCGUCAGUCGCAGAUGUUAAAUUUAUAUAUAUAUAUAUAUAUAUGUAGAGUAUAAAAUAAGGCGAUAGAUGUUACUUGCAACACAUCCACAAAACAAUUUAAAGAUAUUUGUCAUCAAGAGACAGGCUCAUUUUAAAUUCCAUUUGAAAUUGUGAUGGAAAAUGAAAACAAGGCCGAGAAACAACACAUGAUUAAUUAAAUAAAAAGAUGUGUAGUAACCAAUCUACUGGGUUUGCGCGAAAUGAACAAUAUUUGGAUAGUGUGGUUUGUUGAGUUGGUCAUAAACAUUCAGUUACCACUUGCCUAAUGGGGACUGCACUUUGCAAUGACAUACAUGACGGUAUCUGCAAGACGACAAAUGCAUACCUUGGAAUGAUCUAAUUAUGUUGCUAAAACACGCUGAUAGUGCAAUCAUCAUUUUGGUGGCUCUGCGUGGCAUACAGUCAAAAAUCUCGGUCUUGCAAUGUUAUGUCAUGCAUUCCAUGUUACGCCAAGUUUGUAAUUUGUAUGUUUAUCUUUCAGUCAGUCUACAAAUAAAGCGAGAGUUGUAUCACU